UUAUGGGUUUAUCUCUUUCAGUAUCUUUCUUCUCUAAUUUUUUUUUUCUUGGUUUUCGAUGGCGUAUGAUUGAUUAAUGUUAUUGGGUUUCUGCUUAGCACUAACUCAUUCUUUCUGUGAUUCAUCCGAUCUCAAUAGUUUUUUAUUUUUUUUCUUUUUGUUUAUACUUUCACAUGGUUUUUUCAAAUUUUUACGAAAGACUUGAUCGACUAGAUCUAAUAAUUGCUGCGAUUUUUUUUUCAAGAACUGAUUUUUCCGUGGAACUCCGAAUACUGGAGUGUUGAUUGUUUACAAAAUUCUGUGCUUUAGAAAGAGAUUUAACCCAAAAUUUGCAAUUGGCGAAUAAUAUCUUCUGGGUUUCUUAAAAAGUGAAAACAAUUGAAUUAGAUUUAUACUUUUUCUGUGAUUCUUUGGUGUGUGAGUUUGUGGGGUUCUCUCAAAUGGUCACUGUAAAUCUUGGAAUGCUCCAUUAUGUGUUGGACCAUGUAUAUGGUGCAUUUAUGCACAGAACAAAGAUAAGCCCACUAUUCUUUUCCAGAGGAUGGGGUGGCACAAAGCUUGAAUUGCUGGAGAGAAUGAUCAAGCAGCUGUUCCCAGAAGUGGAGGGCCAGAAUUGGCCUCCCACUUUGGUGAAACCCAUUUGGAGCACGGUUUGGGAGACCAAGAAUGCUUGUUUGAGAGAAGGGGUAUUUAGGACCCCUUGUGAUGAGCAGUUACUAAGUGCAUUGCCUCCUGAGAGCCACAAUGCAAAGGUUGCUUUCCUUACUCCGAAAUUUGUGCCGCCGCAGAAGAUGGCCUGCGUGGUUCAUCUUGCAGGAACUGGGGACCAUACCUUUGAACGAAGAUUGCGCCUCGGUGGACCAUUGUUGAAGGAAAACAUUGCAACCAUGGUGCUUGAGAGCCCUUUCUAUGGUCAAAGGCGUCCUAUGCAGCAGUAUGGUUCAAAACUUUUGUGCGUUAGUGAUUUGCUUUUGUUAGGAAGAGCAACCAUUGAAGAGGCCCGCAGUCUCUUAUAUUGGUUAGACUCUGAGGCAGGGUUUGGCAAGAUGGGUAUUUGUGGACUCAGUAUGGGAGGAGUACAUGCUGCAAUGGUUGGAUCACUUCACCCUACACCUGUUGCAACCCUUCCUUUUCUCUCACCACACUCUGCUGUUGUGGCAUUCUGUGAGGGCAUAUUAAAGCAUGCCACUGCCUGGGAGGCACUGAGAGAGGAUCUUGCAGCAGAGAAUGCUGCAAUGACUCUCGAGGAGGUUAGAGAAAGGAUGCGAAAUGUACUGUCUCUCACAGAUGUCACACGUUUUCCUAUUCCCAAAAAUCCCAAUGCAGUAAUAUUUGUUGCUGCCACUGAUGAUGGGUAUAUCCCAAAACACUCUGUGCUGCAGCUUCAAAACGCUUGGCCAGGUUCGGAGGUGAGAUGGGUCACUGGUGGGCAUGUCUCAUCCUUUCUUCUCCACAACGGCGAGUUCCGCAGGGCGAUUGUCGAUGGGCUUAACAGAUUAGAAUGGAAAGAGUCUCAAACGUGACAGUGGCAUCACAUGCGCAGAAGAGACCACAUUUAUUCCCUUGGUAAUCUUCUUCGCCGCACUAAACCCGGAAAAUGAAUCACAGCUGAUAUAUGUGAACACCCUUCAUAAAUCAUAUGAUAUAGGAAGAGUAGGGGUGUUAUGUGAUUACCUUCUAUUUCCCCGUGUACUCUCUCGUCUGAUGAAUUUCAUUUGUUUUAGGGAAAAUGCAUGUGACAAUUCACAUUAAUACAAAAUGGUGAAAAUGCUAAUGAAAUUAAAGUUCUAUUCAA